AUGACCUUAGAGACCGAGACCAGCACUGCCGCCGCCCACGCCGACGCCGCCGACACCCUCCAGCCUGCCUCAUCUUCCACUACCUCGAACAACACAAUCGACCUCACAAUCACCUUUCGCAAGGACGUACAUCGCCUCACCGAUCUGCCAGCCGACACCACGCUCGCCACGCUGCGCAGCGUCAUCCAGCAGCUCACCAACGUCGAGGCACCCAACCAGAAACUCCUCCCCGCCAGACCAAAGGGCAUCGCCAACCUCAACCAGCCACCAGCCAUCCACCACGAUGCCGGCGGCGCGGACCCAACACCACCCUCGCUCGACAAUGACCAGCGCACCCUCGCACAGGCCGGCAUUCCCAGCGCCGGCCUCAAGAUCAUGGUCGUCGGCACCCCCUCCGAGGAGCUGCAAGGGAUACAGCAGCAGGAGGACUACGCCAGGCGCAGAAACGGACCUCGCCAGUACCACCCGAGCAUGCUGCGUGGUACAAGGCCAAGGAACACGGCGACGCCCGGGGCGAGCUUCAGCCCAUUCGGCACUAUCCAGCCCCACGCCUCGACGCCCGCCUCUUCGCCCCUCUACUCCAAGAUUGUCGACUUUCUCACCCGCCUGGCAAACGACCCGGGCAUCCUGCACAUCUGUCGGCUCUACGACCUGCGGGUCGGCAUCCUGACCGAGCUCCUGCCGUGGGAGAGUCCAGAGCUGCUGGGCCUCAACGAGAAUGCCGGCCAGAGGGUCUCGCUGCGCCUGCGCACCGACGACGCAGAGGGCUUCCGCAACUACACCACCACGCGGCGCGUCCUCGUCCACGAGCUCGCCCACAACCGCUACGGCGGCCACGCAAACGACUUCAAGACGUUCAACAGCGAGCUCAAUGCCCAGAUUGCCGGGUUCGAGCAGCGAAAGGCAGAGGGCACCCACGCGCUCGUCGAGGGCGACGCCUACGACCCCGAUGCCGCCGCCAUGGCCGUGCCCGGCGGAGACGGCGGUGGCGGCGCUGCAGGUGGACGCAGACUCGGCUCCGGCUCCGGCUCCGGCUCGUCGGAUGCGAAUGGCGGUCCGACCAGCGUCAAAGAGCGGCGGCAAAGGAUCCUCGAGGCCACGAUGAGGAGGCUCGAGAAGGAGGAGCAGGAGAUUGAAGAGUCUUGUGGCAGCGCUCGGUGA